AUGUCCUCUGUGUGGGGUGUUGUUUCCGAAGAUAAACAAUUUAAACUUUUGGAUCCAGAGUUGAAAUCUAAAUAUAAUGAUGGAAAUGAUGAAAAUAUUAAGAGUUAUUAUGAUUAUUUGGAAUAUGAUGUUCAUCCGUAUCCAGAAUAUGACGAGUCUGUUUCAAUGAUUGAACGUAAAAAGAAUAAUGCAAUAAUUAAACAAAUGAGAACUGAAAAGAUUAAAACAUUUUUGGAUUCCAAGUUGGGAAGUGAAUUUAAGAGAGAUUUUGAACAAUUGAAGAAAUUACUUUUGAGAAAGAGCUCUAUGGAUAGAGGAGUAACAAUAGAUAAUGCAACUGAAAAGGAUUUUGUAAAUAUUAUACCUGCAUUCUUCCAAUUAAUGCUUCAUUUAUGUGAAACAAGGAGAGAUUUUCAAUUAAUUAUUAGAACUUUUGGCUCCAAAGAGGAUAUCGAUUCAGUGAUUGAGGAAUUUAACAGUUUUUGUGCUGGUAGCCAUCCUGAUUUUUCUCUUACAGAUUUGCAAAAAGAAUUUUUCCAAAAUAAGCAAAUCCUUGCUGACAAGGAUGAAAUGGUUGGUCAUGUGUAUAGAAAUAGUCCUACGAAUGCAUAUUUCAUUCCAAAUCAUUUGGAAUUUGUUGAUGGAAUGCUUUCAUUUACUCCAGUGGAAAAAUUGAAUCUUGGUUCUAGAAAAGUAAUUAGUGGUUUCAAAGAUAUUUACAAUAAUAUCGUUGAAAAGUCAAAGACUGGUGAGAGUAGAUUAAUUCGUGACUUUUACUAUUGGUGGUGUGCCAAUAGUAUGUAUACUCAUUCUGGUAAGAUUUUCCUCAUUGAUGAAAAUGAUAAUGAUGUAAUGCAGAUCUUCUUUGAUGACAAUGUAUCAGUUUAUGCUGAAUUUCCACUCAAAGGCAUUGUAGAUCUCAGAAGUGUAAAUACAAUGGAGCCUCUUGAUCAAAGUGUGUACUUGGAUUCAUUCAUAGUGAACGCUUAUGCCUUGGAUUUCAUAAGAGAUGACCAAUAUUAUGUUAACAAGCUUAUUCAAGCAGAAAUUAAAAGAAGAGAAUUGAAAUAA